AUGGUCUUCGCCUACAAGGUAGCCGGUGUGCUGUGCGUAGUCCUAGCCGUGACCGUGGCCCUACCGGCCGAAGAAUCGGGCCGCUCGUCCCGGAACGCUAUCGGUGGCGGUGAGAGCGACCUGGUCGGCAGCAUCUACAAGGAGUGCCUGUCGUCCGACUCGGUGUCCUGCGUCAAGUACAAGCUGUUCAGCUUCAUCGAUCGUGUCGUGGCCAAGCGUAGCGUGUUCGCUCUUACCGACGGUGUUACGGUAGUCAAGACGCCCGGUGUCCCAGAAACGGAGGGUGCUCCGCGUGCGUUGACUGGUGAUGAAUCGCUCGAAUCGCUGCUGCUGUCCCGCGUACAGUCCUUCCUGGCCAGCCACACCAUCAAGGUCGACCUGAAGGGUGCCGAUAUUGUCAAUGCCGUGACCUCGACCGGCCGCGCUCUAGAGGAUGUUUCCGAGAACCUGCUGGCCGCCGAUUCGGACGAUGAGGAAAAGUCGGAAGGCCCGGCCGGUGGUGAAGCUCGUGGCAAGAAGAAGAAGGCCGCCAAGAUCUUGGGCCCGCUGCUGUUGGCUGUCGCUUUGAAGGCCGCUGCCCUCCUGCCGCUGCUGCUCGGAGCGAUCGCACUGAUCGCCGGUAAGGCUCUGCUCAUCGGCAAGAUCGCCCUGGUUCUGUCCGCCAUCAUCGGCCUCAAGAAGCUGCUGUCCCAGGAGAAGCACGUGACGUACGAGGUCGUUGCCCACCCGCACCACUCCACCAGCCACACCUCCAGCCACGGCGAUGCCUACUCGCUCGGUGGAUCGUACGGUGGCGGCGAUGUCGGUGGAUACAGCGCCAGCUCCGGCCACGGUGGCUGGGGACGCUCGAUUCAGGAUGCGCAGGAUGUUGCGUACAGCGGUCAGAAGCCUUGA